CCAUUAGUCAACCAUAUAGAUGAUCAAGUUGUACUUGGACGGCGACCGAAUUUAUGUCCAUUGUCACGAACGUCUUCGAUCCGUCAAUUUCCUUCAAGACCUUAGCCUCCAAUUCGUCAAGAAUUCAAGAUCAGCUGCUUCAGAAUUGCUCGCUAGUCCAUCCUGGCUGCAGGCCUGCAGUGUAUAAAAGCUCCUCUGCUACCUCAUCGUCAAGAAGAGCUAAGCCAGUUCAGGAGGAACAACAAUCAGGUAGGUAGCAGCAACGGAUCAUCAGUCGCCAUGGCGGCCACGAGUGCUGCCAAGAGCCUGCUGCUCUGCUUGGCAGCAGUCGCCUUUCUUCACCACCUCCAGUUUCAGUCCCCGGCUGUAGCCGCAACAUCGCUCGGCAAAAACGGGAGCAGGGCCGGCGGCGGCCACGGGAGGACCCUCAGCCUCACGCUGUACCAGCAGGAGACCAUCAACAAGACCGGGUACAUCGUCGUCGACGGCGUGGCCGGCGCGGGCGUCAGCGAGACCACCACGCCGUUCGGCACCAUCUACGUCUUCCGCGACGACCUCACGGUGCGCGCCGACCGGGCCUCCCCGGUGGCCGGCGUCGCGGAGGGGAGCUCCAUCACCACCACCCUCGACGGGCUGCAGAGCCUGUCGCUGGGCAAGAUCACCGUCGACCACGCCGGCCACCGGGGCUCCGUGUCCGUCCUCGGGGGCACCUACAACACCAAGCCGUCCGACUACCCCGUGGUGGGCGGCACCGGCGACUUCGCCUACGCGCUGGGCUACGUCCGGUCGACGCCGGUGGACCUGCGGGGACGAACGGUGACGUACAAGACGGAGCUUCACUUGUACUGGCCGCCGUACGCCCACUACGCUCCUGUUCCACACAAGCCCGUGUAGACUAUAUAGUAUACGUGAAUACGCAUCAUCUACGCCGUUCUAAAAAAUCUCUGGUCCUACUGUAUUUUUAAAAUUAAAGUAAGUAUAUAUGUAGGAGUAUAGAAUUUGCAUUGAUAGUAGCAGUAUAUAUACGGUGGUGUAUUUUUUUUUUCUAUUUUUUGGAUCGAAAUAAAGGAGCAGCGUGAGCGUAUGCUUUUCUCUUUCCUUUUUA